UAGACUGGGUGGGUGGACCGCGCAUGCGCAGUACGCCCUAUCCUCCGAUCAGUGCGGCAGGAAAAGCGCAGAGAAGACGCCGCGGAGAGAUAGAGAGAGGGAGAGAGAGAGAGAGAGAGAGAGAGAGAGGGGAGAACAGUUGGAAAAGAAAAGGAAGGACAACAUGGACACGAAGAGCGUCCUUCGUUGACGUGUGAAACUGUCCCGUGGUGGUGGACUGUGGCUUUCCUCGCCUGCCGCACAGCCGCUCCGUUAUGUCGGACAACCUGAGGAUAAUAAUGUCAAGGAACGGAGGAAACCUUCAGAAAUCCUGCUCCUAAACUGCGCUGUGCUGUCAGGGUUGAAGGAUUUUACGGAAAACAUUUAAGUGAGGAUGGUGCUCAUGUGAGGGAGGAGUGCUCUUGUCUGUACCCCCUCUCGUCGUGCUCUCCAACAAUCAAGGCCACGGCUCAAAGUUUUUUUUUUUUUUUUACAUUUUUUUUCUGCAGAAGGAGGGAAUUUGCUGCAUUGAAUUCCUCCGGACGGGAUGUCAUCCGCAGUCAGGAGGAGUUCCUGAGGCUGACUGAUCCUCCAGCUGCACCGUAUAAAGCGGGAUCCGGGGACAAUUAAAGAUGGGAGAUGCGGCAGAUGACAGAGGGAUGAGACGGACCUUCAUCGUCCCCGCCAUCAAGAGCUUCGAUCACUACGACUUUACCAGGGCCAAGAUAUCAUGCAGCCUGACGUGGCUGGUGGCCAAGGCUUUCGGCUCGGAUGCAGUACCAGAGGAGCUGGCUGAACCUUUAUACAGGGACCAGUACAACCAGGAGCACCUGAAGCCUUCAGUGGCCUGCCUGCUCCAGUCUGCAGAGCUCUACUGCCGGGCGGGAAGCCUGAUCCUCCGUAGUGACGCUGUUAAACCUUUACUGGGACACAAUGCUGUCAUCCAGGCCCUGGCCCAGAAAGGCCUGUAUGUCACUGACCAGGACCGACUGGUCACCGAGAGAGAUCUGACCAGCACGCCUAUACACAUGAAUUCCCAUCUGGCACUCAUAGAUACCCUGAUGAUGGCGUAUACUGUGGAGAUGGUGAGUGUGGAGAGGGUGAUGUCCUGCAUCAACAGGUACUCCUCCGCUGAACCCUCACACAGCGACGGACACGUCCAGGAGCUUCCUUAUGACACGGAGGAUGCAAUCAUCACCUGGAUCAACAAGGUGAACGAACACCUGAGGGACAUCCUUGUUGAAGAGCAAAAGCUUAGGGAGACUUCAUUCCAGGAGUCAAAUGCAGCAACACAGAAAGCUCGCUACAGGAAGGAGCAUGCUCAGCAGAGGAGCUCUCCAUCACUCCCCCUGGUGGAGAACCUGCUGAAGGACAACACAGACGGCUGCGCCUUGACCACCCUUCUGCACUUCUACUGCUCACAGGUCAUCAGACUGGAAGAUAUCUGCCUCAAGGAGACCAUGUCUUUGGCAGACAGUCUGUACAACCUCCAGCUGGUGCAGGAGUUCUGCAGGAACAACCUCAACCACUGCUGCCACUUCAGCCUGGAGGACAUGCUCUACGCACACGCAUCUAUAAAGAGUAACUACCUGGUGUUUAUGGCUGAACUUUUCUGGUGGUUUGAGGUGGUUAAACCUUCAUUUGUACAGCCCAGAGUCUUCAACCCAGACGCCUGCGAGCCUGUGUCAUCCUGCAGAAAAAUGGCCCCUGUGUCCAGUCCACUCAAACAGAGAUAUGCAGACAGACCAGACAGCCCAGAGAGCAUCCCUGCAGAGGGUGGAAUGAAAAGAUCUACCGCCAUGUCCUAUGCGGAUGACUGCACUGGGACAUGGCCCAAAGAAAAACGCUCUUCGUCUCGGGGAAUCUCCUUUGAGAUUCCUCUGGAUGGAGACCCGACUGUGCCGCCCUGUGAAGCUCCCUCCCUCCGCGGUAUGACCCGCUCUGCCAGCAGUGACGGUCUUGGUUUCAAAGUUCACUUUGCAUCUCGAGGGGGCAUCAAACGUCACCUCUCCCUCAUGCCCAUCAGUGUAAAUGGCCAGAGCAAGCACAUACCAGAGGAUGAUGAGGACUUCACCUCCCACAAACCACUGGGGAGAAACAACACAUUCUCAGUCAAGAACCAAAGCAGGUACUCGAAUGGAGUCCUCCCAGAUAGCAGCCACAAUCACCACGGCAACCACAGUGACCACAUCAGCCCAUCAACUCCUCCGAGCAUUGAGGAGGCCCUUAAGAUUAUCCACGACACUGAAAGGCCACACGCUAGCCUGAGCAUGGGCGAUGGAGACAAUGGCUUCUUUCUUCACAGUGCGGAGCCUUCAGACCCUCCAGGGGACCAAGGUCAAGGAGACGACCCGGGUUCAGCUAAGGCUCUGCCGAAUGACCACGAUCCCAACUCCAUAUCCACUGAAGAAGUUGACACGGGCAUCCAUGUGAGGACAGAAGACAUCCAGAGUUUGGAUGAGGACUCCUCCUCUCUGAGAGACUAUUCAGAUAUAGACCCAGACUGCGAGGCCAUGACCCGGUCGUGCCCUCUGUCUGAACGGUCCGAGAGGGAGAGAAGCAGGGAGGCGGGACGGAAAGGGGUCGGUGACGCCAACCCUGAGGGUGAGAGGGGAGUCGGCAGUGACAGGAGCAGCCCCUGUCCCAGUUCAGCACCCACACUUCCCAGAUCCCACACAGCCAGCCCCGCCUCGUCCUCUGGAGGUUCUGGAGGCGGCAUGGUCCGGAUGACUAGCUUUGCAGAGCAGAAGUUCAGGAAGCUGGAGGGAAGGAGCAGUGGAGGAACCACACCAGAGAGUUCAGAUCUCAAUGCGCCAUAUAUACAACCACCAAAAAGCAAUUCUUCUCAGAUCUCUGCGCCUCCUUUGCCGAUCACAUCUCCCUCUCCGGUGACACCCUCGCCCAGAGACCCCUCUCACCUGAUAGCCUCAGAGAUGAUUCAGCUGAGGAUGAAACUGGAAGAGAAACGGAGAGCCAUUGAAGCCCAGAAGAAGAAGGUGGAAGCAGCUUUCACCCGUCAUCGUCAAAAGAUGGGCAGAACGGCCUUUUUGAAUGUGGUGAGAAGAAAAGGAGUCACUGCCCCCCUCUGCUCAGGGGGAGCAGAAACUCCUUCUCCAGAGCCACUCACACCUUCAAAGGAAACCAGCCAAGGCAGCAUGGAACGAGCAGAGAGAUGCAAGCCAGAUGGAGCAGCUCCUAAGUCCCCCUGUGAGGAUGGUGGAAGUGUGGCUCCGGGAGAAAUCGAUCUUGCAGAUUACACUCGCUCCAUUGAGAGGCUGAAUACGUCGCUGGGCUUCCUGCAGACAGAGAUGCAGCGUUUGUCCCAGCAGCAGGAGAAGAUCAUGGCCAUGAGAGAGCAUCAGCAGCAGCAGCAAGCCUGGGUCAUUCCUCCUCCUGCUCCGUCUCCACACAGACAGCUCAGAGAGUUGCGUAGCAGCAGUGUAACAGGUCGUGGAUCAGGCCGAGGCUCGGUUGGGUCUUUGUCUCCCAUCCUUUCUUCCUCCGGCUCUCCACAUGCUCCCAAUCGUUCUCCUGCUGGCAUUAAGCGACGGCCAGCCUCCUUCCAUGCCAGAACACCUCGGACUCCACGGCCAAACGAUCUGAAGGUCACACCCUUCAGUCGAAUGCUCAACACCCCCACCUCAGUGGACAGCCUACCAAGACUGAGGCGGUUCAACUCCAGCCAAACCCAGCUCAGCUCGUUUGCCUACCUGGGUCAUGAUGAUGGGCAAGCACCAAGGAAGAACCAAGAGGCCAAGGACAACAAAGAAAGCACCAAGGACAAAGAAGAGACAGUGGCAAAGGAGAGUGCUGGCACUCCCCAGCCUUCCACUAAAGAAGCAGCCAAAGAGAAGGAAGAUGGGAGUCAGGAUGAAAGAAAACAGACAGAGCAGGCUCGGUCGAAGGGUGAAGCCAAGCAAACAAGGUCAUCAGAGGUGUUGUGUCAGCCGGUGUCUGAGAUACAAGGGCCCAAACUCAGCCGGGUCAAGGGAGACUCCCAGGACAGAAGAGACCUGGUGGAGGUGCCUCUGUCUGGGCUGAAACCUCCGGGAAGACCACCCGGGGGUCAGGAGACCUCAGGAGAGGGCGAGGUAGAGGGAGAGGCGGGAGGAGACAUUCAUGGAGAUGACCAAAAGAUGUGCUGUGGAUUCUUCUUCAAGGAUGAUGUUAAAGGGGAAGAGGACAUGGCAGCAAAGAAAGCAGCUCUGCUGGAGAAGAGGAUGAGGAGGGAGAGGGAGGCUCAGGAGAGGAAGCAGCAGCAGGACCAGGACCAGGAGCAGAGGAGGGAAGUUGCACGGUUGAAAGCUGAGGAGGAGCAGCAGAAGAAGGAUGAGGAGAAGGCAAGAAGGGAAUACAUCAGGAAUGAAUAUCUGAGGAAGAAGCAGCUCAAGCUGAUGGUGGACAUGGAUGAGGUCAUCAAGCCCCGAUCUGGAAGUCUCAAGAAGAAGCCACGGCCCAAGUCCAUCCACAGGGAUGUCAUGGAGUCGUCCACUCCCCCUGUGAGAGCCACAGGGGUGCGUCCUCGAGGUUUCUCGGUGUCAAGCGUUUCUUUGGCGUCUCUCAAUCUGGCUGACAACGACAGAGACCAGCCAAAUAACAGGAAGAACAACAGGCCAGACUCUGCUGAAGGAUUUUCCUCCUGUCCCUCGACUGGCAGUCGGAACGGUGAAAAUAACUGGGAAAAUGAUUCUACCACCUCUUCCACCCCAUCCAACGCUGAGUAUACAGGACCCAAACUAUACAAGGAGCCGAGUGCCAAGUCCAACAAGCACAUCAUACAGAAUGCCCUGGCUCACUGUUGCCUGGCUGGCAAGGUCAACGAAGGGCAGAAGAAUAAGAUACUCGAUGAAAUGGAGAAAUCUGAAGCCAAUAACUUCUUGGUGUUGUUCCGUGAUUCUGGAUGCCAGUUCAGGUCUGUGUACACCUACUGCCCUGAAACAGAGGAGAUCACCAGGCUGGCCGGCAUCGGGCCGAGGAACAUCACGACCAAGAUGAUCGAGGGCCUGUACAAAUACAACUCGGACAGGAAGCAGUUCAGCCAGAUCCCAGCCAAAACCAUGUCUGCCAGCGUGGACGCCAUCACUAUCGCCAGUCAUCUGUGGCAAACCAAGAAGCAGGGGACGCCCAAAAAACUGCACACUAAGUAGUGCCAGCCUGCUGGGCGACAUUUGGACGCACUUCUCUGGAACGAACACAGAAGAAUUUAUGGAUUUUACGGUAUCAUUAAAAAGGACACAUUGUUCAGCUGUAAGAAAUCACAACUGGAAUGUAGACUCCAAACGGCCCCCACAGACGUUGUUGUUACAAUACAGAGGUGACUGCUACACUCUGGACUACUUCAAUGGGGCACAAGUGUGUACUUGUCAGCAUGUGUGUCAGUGUUCUCAUGUGCCAAAAAAACAGAAGAAAAUAAGAGGCGGACCAUUGCCUUAUUAGUUGAACCACUGAAGCAGUGAAUGUCACGCCUCUAAAAGAGGCAGUUUGGUCUCUUUAGGUUGAUCAUGUGUGGCCUUAAGCUUGUUUUGUGUCAUAUGGUUGCGCUGCGAGUGUUUGUGUCAUUUUGUCAGCACCUGUUGAAAAAGUCUUUUGUGAUACAAUAAAGCUUGUGUGUGCUCACAGGUCUGGGAUCAGAUUGUGCUCCCCAUGAAGCCCAGGUUGUUAAAAGGGUGGCCUGUCUGAUCUGUGAUCAGGUAGAGGCAGCAUUUUUAAGAGUUUUGCUGCUAUACAGGCAUGUGUUUUUUUGUUUGUUUUUUGUUUUUACAUGUGACUGAAAAACUUAUAAACAUUACAAAUUUGUGAAUGCGUGUAUAUAGUGAAGUGCCAAGAAGAGUGAGGAAAAUACCUCAGUUGGUGAUUGCAAUUACUUUCCAAAAGUGUGAAUUGAUGAGAUUAUUGAGCAUAUGGAGUACCAUCAAAAAUUCUGGAAAGCACCUGCAAUAGAUUCUUAAUUUAUUUCAUUUUGAUAAUGCUUUGAAGAUAUUUUAAAAGGCGUCUUAGAUUUUAUUCAGAGAAACAUAUAAUAUACUAUAUGUAUGUAAGUUAAAUUAAGUUGUAUAUGAUGGCAGAUCCAUUCAAAAUGAACAAGUCCGCUUGUAGUAGCUUUUGAGUAGCUUUUAUAAUUUAUCAUGUAUGUAUGUGUAUCAGUAUGUUGUUGUUUGGGGCCUUUUCUUGUGCUACAAAUGCAACAAGUGUGAUCACUCAACAGUAUCACCGAUUACACUAACAACAGUAGUAGAAUAGAUGGAAGUCCCACACUAUGUCAUCAAUAUGUGCAAUUUGAAUAGUCAACAUUGACCAUGUUGCAGUUGGAACUAACAAAUAAUCAAAAUGCCACUUUAAUGGGGUAAUUGUCUUAAUUAUUAGAUUCUUAAUUGCCCUCAAAGUAGUUCACAGUUGUAAAUAAAUGAAUUCACCUGCGAUAGCACUUCAAGACCCUGUCCACGGUCACUGAGUCGUCUUCACUUGUGGUGCCUGUUGUUUUAUUCUGCUUUUGCUGUUGCUUUUUUUUUUUUACGACAUGUUCCUUCAUGUACGUGUUGACACUGUACAGAUAUAUUUUGGCAUAUAGAAGUAUUUUUUGUAAUGACAUUUGGCUGUUGGAGGUGUGCUCUAAUGAAGCCGUGCGGUUGUUGAAGGACGUGUGUUGAAGGCUGAGUGCUCGACGAGACGCGGUAUAUAAAGCCUUAGGGAGGCUUUAUUGUGGUAUUGUGUGAAAGUAUACUGAGAAAAUCAUAGUAUUUUUUUCCAACUCUGAACUCGUUUUCUUCUCAAUUUACUAAAUAUGCUCAACUGGUCAUGGAUUUUUUGUUGCUGUUUUUUCUAUUCCUUUGAGCUUUAUUAAAAUGCCAGCUAUCAACAGU